AAAAUAAAAAUAAUAAUUGAAGGGAGGGGAAGGAGCUGUCGGCUUCGACCAGGCAAGGACGAUCCAAAUCCACAUCUCUUCCCUGCAGACAACCCUUUUACCUCCCAAUUCCCCCACACCUACACCCAUACCUACACCCACCCCUCUUUUUCUUUUUAAUUUUCUCUCUCCUCUUUUUCCUUCUUUUCAUUUUCUAAACCCUAUUUCUUUUUGCUCAAUUCCGAGCUUCUUUCCCCUCAAUUUUAUAUUUUUCGUGUUUGAUUUGUUGAAUAUUGACAAAAAUAUAGCUUCAGUUUAGUACCCGAUCCUAGUUGUUUUUUUUUUUUUUUACGAAUUUGGUGCUUGAUUUAUGGGACAUUUUGAUCUAUUUUUAGUUCAGAUCGGUCCUCCUGUUAUUGAGUAACGAAUUACACGUUUCACAACCCUGGGGAAGCAUCUUAUUAUAAAUAGGAAGUCUGCUGUGACUGGGUAGCCUCAAAUGGCGCUCCAAGGCAUUCAGCAAUCUGGUGGACAGCAAGAGCAAGAUGCUUUGUACAAGGAGCUUUGGUAUGCCUGCGCUGGACCCUUAGUAAAUGUUCCCCGUGAAGGGGAACGUGUUUACUACUUUCCUCAAGGUCACAUGGAGCAGCUUGAAGCAUCAACACAUCAGGGAUUAGACCAGCAGAUGCCUUCAUUCAAUUUGCCAUCAAAAAUUCUUUGCAAAGUGGCUCAUAUUGAACUUCGGGCGGAGCCUGAAACAGAUGAAGUUUAUGCUCAGAUAACUCUGGUUCCUGAAAGAGAUCAAAGUGAAGUUUCAACACCUGAUCCUCCAGUGCCAGAUCCUCCAAGGUGCAAUGUGCAUUCGUUUUGCAAGACACUGACAGCUUCUGAUACUAGCACACAUGGUGGAUUCUCUGUGCUUCGAAGGCAUGCAGAUGAUUGCUUACCACCCCUGGACAUGUCUCAGCAGCCACCUUGGCAGGAACUGGUUGCUACAGAUCUCCAUCGCAGUGAGUGGCACUUCCGCCACAUAUUUAGAGGGCAACCAAGACGCCACCUACUGACUACAGGGUGGAGUGUAUUUGUCAGUUCCAAGAAGCUAGUAGCUGGUGAUGCAUUUAUAUUUUUGAGAGGUGAAAAUGGAGAACUGCGUGUUGGAGUAAGGAGGCUGAUGAGGCAGUUGAACAAUAUGCCAUCUUCUGUUAUUUCUAGCCAUAGCAUGCACCUUGGCGUUCUUGCUACAGCAGCCCAUGCAAUUCAAACUGGAACCCUGUUUUCAGUUUUCUACAAGCCAAGAACUAGUAGGUCUGAGUUCCUUGUGAGUGUGAACAAGUACCUUGAGGCCAAGAGCCACAAGCUUUCUGUUGGGAUGAGAUUCAAAAUGAGAUUCGAAGGUGAUGAAGUUCCUGAAAGAAGGUUCAGUGGCACAAUUGUUGGCGUCAAUGAUUCUCCAUCAUCAACUUGGGCAAACUCUGAAUGGAGAUCUUUGAAGGUUCAAUGGGAUGAGCCUUCAUCAAUUGUGCGCCCAGAGAGAGUUUCACCUUGGGACUUGGAACCACUGGUAGCAACUAAUUCUAGCAACUCCCAGCCGACUCAAAGGAAUAAGAGGCCACGACCUGCGAUGAUGCCAUGCUCAGCAACAGCAACAGAUUUGUCUGGGCUAGGCAUCUGGAAGUCUACGAGUGAAUCUCCUGUUGCUGCAUGUUCUGAAAUCGAGCGUGCACGUGAUCAGUUUUCAUCUGUGACAAAGGUUGGUUCUGUUGGUUUUACAGCAAACAGUUCCCUUCCUGCCAUAUCCAGCCAGUCAAUUUAUUGGUCCCAAAGAGCAGACAAUGUAUCAGAAUCACUCGGAUCAGUUGUUAACAAAGAAUCUGGAGAAAAGAGAAAGAGUAGUGCAGCUGGCUGCCGUUUAUUUGGUAUUAAUUUGGAUGAAACUUCUACGAGGGUUGGUGAGGAUCAGCCAGUCCCGUCUCUGGAAGCUGAAUCUGAUAGAUCCAAUGUUAAUCGAUCUGAUGUGCCUUCGUCGGGUGGUGAUCCUGACAAAUCUUCUCCGAGUAAGCAAAGUCGUACAUGCACAAAGGUUCAUAUGCAAGGUGUAGCUGUUGGGAGGGCUGUAGAUUUGACACGUUUUGACUGUUACGAGGACCUCCUUAAGAAACUAGAGGAAUUAUUUGACAUCAAAGGGGAGCUCUGUUGUUCAUCAGGGAGAUGGCAGGUUGUCUACACAGAUGAUGAAGAUGACAUGAUGAUGGUUGGAGAUGAUCCAUGGGAGGAGUUUUGCAGCAUGGUCAGAAAGAUCUUCAUCUACACAUCUGAAGAAGUCAAGCGUCUCUCACCAAAGAGUAAAAUGAGUGUUGAAGAGGAAGCCAAACCAGGUUAUACUGGAGAUGCUGGAUUGCCAGCUGCCUCUGAGGAGCAGUCAUCUGCUGUCGGCCCAAGUAGCUAACUUUGGCUAUCCUUCUAUCGUGAGAAGAACUAGCUCAAGUAAAAAAAAAAUGGAAGAAAAAAGACGAAGUAAACUGCAGUAAAGAAAGAGGAGGGAAUUUAGGAAGAGGGGAAAAGUUGAUAUUCAGCAAUUUGUUACUGUCGGUUUUCACAAGUUUUAUGGAUGAGCAAGUAUACAGCAUCUGAAGGGGAAUUACCAACUCUCAGUGUGCUUUGCUUGUUGUUGUAGUAGUAGUUUAGAGUUUUGUUUCAUAAUUCAUAUUUUGGCGAAGGGGACUUGUGCUGUGUUCCUCAUCCGGAAAUAGGUUAAGGAAGCUGGUCUCCUCUACUUGACUGUGUUCCUAAAGACGAGGGCUGACUAUUUAGAUUGCUGCUUUGUAUACAUCCCCUUGUAUCUUGUUCCUCACUUUGAUAAUACUUUGCUUUUUGUAUAUAUAAACAAACAUGGCUACUUAUAGUCGAGUUUACCUUAA